UGCUCAGCUGUGGCGUACCACGCUGUAAGGAGAUGCAGUGUCGUAGCAAGUGUGGUUUGUGCCUCCACCGCGUCCAACGCCCUAUUGUUGAUGAUUGGCAAAUUCGAACAAGGCGAAGACCACAAUGGCCAGCCCCGGGCACAAGAUUGAUUUCAAAGGGGUGGAAUCACUGGAAUGACUCGAGAAAGAACUUAUGCUUGUGACGGUUGGCAAUGAGGAGUGCUCCUGGAGUUCCAAAAUCUGCCUCCACCCACAACUUCAUCUUGUAUACUGUCGUUUUUACGCUGUCCUUCUUCUUGCUCUUUCCAUGUCUCAGUGGCGUCAGGAACCAGGACAAGCUGUGGCAGAAAAGCUGAGGACAUUGAGCCAGCUAGCUGGUUUCCUGGAAGAAAAGAAGCCUUGCGGCUGAAGCAAGUACCAAUUAUGUGAAAUGAUGAGUUUGCAUCUUUUACCAAAAUGCCUUUGAUGAUGAAUGUACAUUAAAUACAUUGAAUAAAAGCUGAAACGUCUUAUAUUGAACAAAUUUAAACAAAGAAAAUGGAAAAGAUCAACAUAACCAAAUCACUGAUUUAGUAAAUAUCUUUCAUAAAUGGCACCAAGUUUCAAAUUUCA